AUGCCGUUCAAGAGGUCCAUCCUGCUUGCUGUCCUUGCAGCUUUUGCGCCCCUGUGCGGAAGUUUCAGCGUCACUCAAACCAACGAUGCCAAUGUCCUCGCCAAUGCUAUUUUCAACGGCCCUGGAAUAACUGUCCUGCAAGCGAUCUUUUCGGGUGCGGCCGUCAGCUCCGGGACUUUCAUUGCCGGCCUCGGUGGCAUUGGAAACGGCGCCAUCUUAACGACUGGAACCGCCGUUGGAGCUCUUCCCAAUGGCGAUCACUACGUGAACAACGGCGCGGCCGGUUCUGUCGCAUACUGCGGUCCGAACACAUUCAAUGCCGCUAUUCUAACCGUAGAUAUCGCCAUCGACCUCGGAUACAGCGGCGUUCAAGUCGAAUUCAUCCUCGCAUCGGAAGAGGAGGGUGGAUCUGCUGAUCCUAUCGGCAUCUAUCUAGGCGGUCAACAGUAUUCUAACGGCAUUACGGCAGUGUCUAAUCUCCUUGCACAACCAAUCGUGAUCACGCCGCCGAACAGUGUCACGUCCUACCCAGGGUCAUCCCCUCCCCUUCUCGUGGGCAUUCCUGCGUCCGGAACCCAGACCAUGGUGUUUGCCAUUUGCGAUCAAAGCGAUAGUGAAUGGGAUUCAGCCCUGCUGCUUAAUGCUGCCGGCUGUGUUGACUGUGAUCGCGUGGUCAAGAUUGACUAUGUCACCAUAACCUCGAUCGUUGCCGCCGGACAGGACUACGACUACAUCGACAACCAGCACCUCGUCCAGCUCUUCUUCCAGUUCUUCUUCCAGUUCUUCUUCCAGCUCUUCCAGCUCUUCCAGCUCUUCCAGCUCUUCCAGCUCGUCCAGCUCUUCUAG